AUGCCAUUCACGGCGGAUGAUCGGCUCGCAGCCGCAGGUCUGGCGGAAAUACAGCCCGCGGAAACGAGGAGGUGCGUGUGUGGUGCAGUGUUUGUUGCUGCGUACGUAGCGUAUUCCGCCUCGCUGGCAUAUGCGUGGCCAUGUCUGUUGGCGAUGCAGCAGGCAGGAGGGCAGCCGAGGGUGCCCGGAGCACCCCAGGGAGAGAAGCAGGCAGGGGGGCAGCCGGGGGUGACCGGGGCACCCCAGGGAGCGCAGCAGCCAGGGGGGCAGCCGAGGGUGCCCUGGGCACCCCAAGGAGCGCAGCAAGCAGGGGGGCGAUCGAUGGACGACCAGGAGCAACAGUUGGAGGAGUGGUGUCGACUUUUGGAGUUUGAUACCCCCAUGGCGACUGCGGAGGAGCCAGAGGCGGACGAAGAACCUCCCAUGCCGCCUUCCCCAUGCCCCCGCUUUCCGUGUGACACGUGUUUCCACACUUUCGCUACGCGAGGGGCCGCUGCGAACCACAUGAGGGUAUGCCGGGCGGCUGAGGCGGAGAGGUGUGCACAGGCUCUCGGCUCGAUUCCGUCUCUGGUGGAGACCGACAAGCAGGAGCGAUCGACGCCGCGGGAAUUUGGGGACGAGGCGUGGGCUGGGGUUACGUCAUGGGAAUGGGAAACUUUUUUCAGUGUGGAGGCGGUUGGAGGGAGGACAGUGCGCCGGAUCCCACAGCGGGCCAGGCAUAGGUCAGAAGGCGCUGAUCACAGAGCGGUUGGGUGCGUUCUGGGAGGGGAGGUGGCGGGAGCUGUUCGACUCUGCCAUGGUGGCGGCGCGGCCAGCAGUUCGCCCACUUUCCUACACUUGCUCUGA